AUGAAGAAUAAUUCACAUUCUUCUGUUGCUAUUCCAUCUUAUGGCAGUGUAUUAACUAGAAAUUUAUUAGACAUAUCUAGCACAAUCACCUCCUCUCUUCCACCACCACCACCACCGCCUUUGGAACUUUUCUUGCUAUCAACGAAUAAAAGUUAUAAUGUAGCAAAUAAAGAAUCAUGCCAGCUUUUUAAUCCUCACACUAUUAAGAUACAAGGGCGUCCUGCUGUUGAAAUCGAUGAGUCAAGUGUAUGGACAAUAAAGAUGGAUAAUAACAUCGACAUUAGUCCAAGUUUAAUUGAAGAAUAUUUUGUUGAUAAUAAAAAAAAGAAAACUCAAAGAUCAUUGCUUGAACGUCGUUUGAGCACAGAUCGUCCGAAAUGGUGUCGCGUAUUACCUAGAAGAGGAGAAGGACUACUAUUGAACAGUCAGCUGAUGCUGUUGUGUGAUGUGACAUUAGAAUAUAUAAUCAAAACGUCUAAGGUUGAUAAACCUAUCGAUCACAUUAUAUCAUCUAUUGAUAAUGGAAAACCGAUCGAAUGUCUCGACCGUAUUCGUCAAAUUUAUAAACAUUUUACAAGAAAUCCAAAAGAUGUUGAAAAGUUUUCAACCUAUGCUGGUCCAC